GUUCCAAAUCGAGCUACCUGGAUCCGUGGCCAAGUUGCGCAACGUCUUGGACCGGAUGAAGCAGGUGGGCGCCACGCUGGUAGCGGUGGAAGCCUCCAAAGAAGCUGGUGGUGCAGAUCUGCCGGGAGGCAAGGCUUGGUUGAAGCUCACCGCCGAGUCGGAAGUGGUGCAGAUCACCACGACGUCAGCUGGUGGAUGUUGGAACCACAACAUGCAGCUGCAGAACCACAUUGAGCGUUCUCGACGCGGCCUCUUUGGCUUUUACGUGUCUUGCCUCUGGACAACGAUUCCAGAGGGCCCUCUUUUGUUUGACAAUACCAUCAGCGGCUACAAGGUUGGCAAAACGUUGACACUGGGAAACGUGGAGCAAAGCCUUUUUCUGGUUUUUGGUCAAGACUUCAAGCAAUCCAAUCAUCAAAGUCACCGUGGGAAGUCAUUCCCCAAAGGGAAGGGUCGUUCCAAUGUGCACCAUGCAGAAGAUGAUGAGCAUGAGUUUCAAGAUGUUUGGAAUGAAACCUACAUGGAUACCUACUACGAAAAUGAUGAUGAUCAAUACUAUGAAUGUGAUGAAGAAUGGGAUGAAACAUACUUUGGUUCACAAGUUGACUGGUCUCCCACUGCCUCUGAGUGGAAUCCGAGCGAAGCUGCCAUCGAAGACGAGGCGCUCUUCGAUGUGGAGGAGUUCGAUUCCGUCUACUCUGCAUAUGCCGAUGCCAAGAGCCGACUUGCACAGUUGCGCCAAAGCCGUGGCUUCUACCCGGUUGUGGCGUUGGUGGACGGAAAGGGUUCCAGCAUGUCUCAAGUUCUUGAACAACUUGGUGCUGUAGUGGAUUUUGGAAGUGGCAAGAUGCGCAUCCUUGGUGGCCGAUGGACCGAGAUCGAACGUGGCAAGCAAGAUGCGAUGCUUCUGCGACUUGCUGCAACCUUCAACUCCAUCGAGGACUUCGAGAACCCGCAGUUCGACCUCAGAGCCAAGGAUGAUGACCACGAUGAUGCAUGCUCUUUGCAAGAUUUUCUUCAAGAUCUACGUGCUGCCGAGCGCUAUGAGGAAAUGAUCUCCGAGGUCCAAUUCACCGACGACGCCUCUGAGAAUGAGUUCGUUGAUGUUGAGACCUAUGUGAAUGUGGAUGAGCAGAUUCCUGAGGAGCACUUUCAUGCCCAUGAGCUGACUGAACGCACUCAAUGUUCAAUGUCGAAGACCUGGUCAUGGAUUCAGGGUCAACUGGUUGAAACGUCCAAGAAAGCAGCCCAACUUGCCUAUGAAGCUCGAUGCCAACCCCACCCACGAAAGAAGCUCAUUUGGGAAGUCUACAGUGGCACUGGACUUUUAGGCAACCAUCAACAUGCCCGACUUGAAGGUGGAAGCCCUUGCAAGAAGGCUGAGAAUUACCAAUGCGAGCUUGCCUGGAAUUUAGCUCGUGCCCUUCUUGAAGAUGAAGGUUUGUCGGAACAGGCCUAUGCUGUUCAACAAGACGCCGAAGCUCAAGAGCUGACUGGAAUUCUUCGAAAACUUGGCACAAGGCAUGGCUCUGAAGCGGUGCGCAUUGCCUACCGCCUCCAUCGAAACCUUGGGCAUCCGAGAAAGGACACUUUGGUCCGCAUGCUGCAGGCCAAGAAUGGCGACCCAAAGGUCAUCGCUGCAGCCGAAGCCCUUGAGUGCCCCUACUGCAACAAGUUUUCUUCCAGGAAACAAUCAGCUCCAGCUCAUGCCGAGCGUCCCAUGGACUUCAAUGAGCAGCUUCAGGCCGACACCCUGUGGUUUGAUCUGAGCUCAGUUGAGCCUGAUGCCCCUUCUGACAAAGCUUCCAAGCGGAAGAUUGGCAUGUUGGUCAUGGUCGUCUUGUCAAUGGAGCUCAACGUGCUGAACAAGCCAUCGCUGGUCUCCGUCAACGUCGAGUUGUCCGAACAGCCGACUUGUGAGCAAGAUGCCCCGGCCGCACGACCUGAAUCAGUGCGAUCAUGUUCCUAUGAGCCAACUGAACCCAUCGAUGAUUUGCCAAAAGAUCCUGCUGAAGAUCCACCUCCUGUGGCUGAUCCGUCUUCCGGUUUGGACUUACCGGAUGAGUCAAGGCGCUUGGAUUUGGAUUUGCCCGACUCUGAAGAGCCACAAUCCUCACAGCAAGCUGAAGCAGCAGCAGCACCCUCCAGCGGAGAGGCAGGUGCUGGACUUAUGCCUGAACCUCUUCCGCAAGAUGUUCCAAUCCCUGAUGGUGAUGACAGUGAAGCUGAUCAGCCCACCAUUGCAGCUGACAACACCAUCACCCAAUCUUCAAUGCCUGAGGCACCUCCACAACUUCCUGGACUUUCCUUUGCUGAACGCCGACGGCAACAUGAAAGAAGUGAGACUUCAUGGAUGCGAUCUCCAUUGUGGCCACUGGUGCAUGAUCAUCCUGAUCCUCAAAGCCCUGGCAAUUCAAAGCGUGCCAAGCAUCAUGAAGCGGUCAACAUCGCUGUGGAGCUAUUUCCGAAUGGCUGUGAAGACUCAACCAACCUUCCAGCUGGAUGGCACUAUGAUCCGAAAACCCAUGAGAUCUACCUUGGUUCCACAGCAGAUUUUUGGAGCUUUGAAGAUGGAUUUUUGGUUAGAAACCAUGUUUGGUCAAGGGAUUGCAGUUUUCAUACAACAGAUUUUCCCUUGCCUGCCGAGAAGCUCCAGACCACAAAUGGCCUGACAAUGAGACGCAACAGCCGCAUCAUCCUGGUCAACGAGGAGCAGCCUGCCCCUGUGGGUGAUGAACCAUGGUUUGGAAAGACCUUGUACCCACUGACCAAAGAUGCUGCAGCUGAGUUUGGCCAAAACUACGUUGGCGACCUGUCCAAGAAGUUCAACAACAAAACCAUCCGAAGCCGUGGCCAUAUCUGGUCUGCCCAAGCUGCGCCCAAGAAGAAGAACGUCAAGGAGUCAGCUGACCUGAAGGAAAGCCGAAUGAGUCUUGAAGACCGCCUGGCGUUCAUCGAGGGCAAGAAAGCUGAGUUGGCCUCCAUUUUUGAGAAUCAAGUUUGGGAGAUUGAGCUCCAUCCUGAGAAGGUCGAUUGGAACCGCGUGAUGAAAGCACGGUUUGUGCUGAAGUGGUCUGCCGACAACAAUGGCAACCCACGCGCAAAAGCACGUUUGGUUCUUCAAGGAUUUUCUGAUCCAGAUCUACUACGAGGAGAGCUUGACACAUCUUCCCCUACUUUGAGCCGGUCCUCACGGCAGAUUCUCUUGGCCAUUGCUGAUGGAAAAGGUGGCUGGUGGUUGCGCCAACAGGCGUACGUCCAAAAGAUCAAACCUUUGACCUUGAGCGAUUCAGAUGAGGAUCGUGAAUUGACUGUCAAAGAACUGACAAUGCUCCGUGGGCUUCUAGGCGGCUACUUUGUUUUGCUGAUGAAUGUGAAAGCCCUGCAAGGUCAAUUGGACCAACCCUACGUUGUUUUGGACUGGCGAAGCUACAAACUCCCCAGAAUCAGCCGCAGUAGCCUCAACUCUGAAGCACAAGCAUGCGCUGGUGCAAUGGAUGCUCUUGAGUAUCUCCUGAUCUUCUGGCAUGGAUGUGUGACUCCUGGCUUUGAGUUGCGCCACUUGGACGUCCACGACAUCCAAAUGCAGUCAGCCUUGGUGGUCGACGCGAAGGCGCUCUAUGAUAGCCUGAAAGCUGAAGUUCCACAGAUGCAAGGCGACCGAAGAUCCAAGAUUGAGGUCAUGGUUGUGAAACAGAAAAUGGAUGAGAUGAAAACGAAGCUGAAAUGGAUUUCAUCAGAGACCCAACUGGCAGAUGGUGUUACCAAAAUUGCAGCACGGCAAUUGCUUGCUGACCGCUUACGGUCCCAUGUCUUUUCCCUGCACUCCGACCAGAGCUUCCAAGCAGCAAAGAAGAAAACUCUUGCUGAACGACAAGCUUCAGCUAGACGCAAUGCGAUUGGUCGAUUGCAGAAAGGCAUCGGUUUUGCAGUGCUGACAAAUCAACUUGAGCCAGUUCGAGGUGAUGAUUUUGCAGAAGAUUCUUUUUCAUCCUACAACAUCAUUUUCAUCUUCACAUUCCUCACCAUGUUUGUGGCGACAGUUUUUCUGGCAUGGCAGUGUUUAGAAAGAAUGACAAGGUCCCUGCCGAGACCUAUGGCUGUACCUAGGUUUCAAACCUCAAGAAUGCUCUGGUCACUGAUGAGACCUUUUGCGUUCCUAUGGAAUCAACAAGCUGCGCUGGAAGAUGUAUCAACCCAAACCGAAAGUGGACGUGAUCAAACUAUUCACCUUUUGAACUGCAGAGUUCAGAUGCUGCAACAGCAGGUGAACGACAAAGACGAAAGAAUCCAAGAUCUUGAAAGUUUGGUUCACUACUACGAGCAAGAUGUGACAUCAACCUCUUUGUUUGUGAGCCGAACUGGAGCACGAUACCAUUUGCAUCGUGAUUGUCGAGCGCUUUUACAAGCGAAUCAAGCCGGCAUACGAGAUUUGAAAUGCUGCAGCCAAUGCAUUCAGACGUUGCGUGACAACAGCAACCUGGGUGGACCGUGGUGA